AUGCGCCCGCCGUCAGGGUCUUCGGCGCUGCUAGCCGCGCUGGCCGCGCUGGCCGUCCCCGCCGCCUCCGUCGAGCCGCUCCAACGCCGGGAUCUCCAGCCCCUGCCGCUGUCCGCUCGGGACCAGUACAUUGUCGACUCCAAGAACGCGACCGUCGUCAUGGUCGGCGUCAACUGGGCCGGCCACGAACGCACCAUGAUCCCCGAGGGCCUGCAGUACCAGUCCGUCGAGGCCAUCGUCAAGAAGAUCGCCGAGACCGGCUUCAACACGGUCCGCAUGACCUUUGCCAGCGAGAUGGUGGACGACAUCGUCGAGGGCGGCGGCGAUGCCAGCCUCGAAACCACCCUGAAGGAUGCCCUCGGUCCGGAGAACGGCACCGCUGUCAUGAGGCAGAUCCUCAGGAACAACCCCGGCUUCAGCGAGGGCACCAAGAGGCUGGAGGUCUGGGACGCCGUCGCCGCCGAGCUCGGCCGCCAGAACAUCUACCUCCACCUCGACAACCACGUGUCCAAGGCGGGAUGGUGCUGCAACCCCUAUGACGGGAACGGAUGGUUCGGCGACACGUACUUCAACACGUCCAACUGGGUCCGGAGUUUGGCCUUUAUGGCGGAACACGGCAAAGCCGCCCAAUGGCCAUCCUUCUCCAGCAUGGGCCUGCGCAACGAGCUGCACGACCCCUUCUCGGCACCCCCCGCACCCGGCCUGGAGAACACGACGUGGACGACGUGGAAGACGCGCAUGGUGCAGGGCGCCAACGCCAUCCACGGCGCGAACCCGGACGUGCUCAUCUUCUUCGGCGGCCGCAUCUUCGACUUUGAUAUCUCGGCGCCCGUCCAGGGCCGCUUCGGCAGCGAGCCCGGCUUCAACUUCUCCCUCGCCGAGCUGCCCUUCCGCGACAAGUUCGUCUUCGAGCAGCACCAGUACGACCAGGGCCUCGUCGACGACGCCUGCGCCAGCUACCGCGACAUCCUCACCGCCUUCGGCUCCAACGCCAUGACCAUCGCCGACGCCGGCUCCAACCGCGCGCCGCUCGUCAUGUCCGAGUGGGGCCACGAGCAGACGGACGCCAGCGGCAUGUACAAGGACAAGUUCCGCCGGUGCCUCAUGGACUUCAUGGUCGACAAGCAGAUCGGCUGGAUGGUCUGGGUUCUCGGCGGGAGCUACUACACCCGCGAGGGCGUGCAGGACAAGGACGAGUCUUGGGAAUAA